CACCGCAGGUUCGGACGUUCCCAACCGCCCGCGCCCGCUGCCUGGCAGCGGCGGGGAUGGCGAGCCGCGGAGUUGAGGCGGUGACGAGAGCAGCGGCUCCGCCAUUGGACGAGGAAGCCUGAGGGACGGGCCAGCGCGGUGAACAAGGAGAGACUGAGGCGGGUGGCCCCGAGAGAGCGAGGGCAAUGGAGGCCAACGUGCCGAAGCGGAAGGAGCCUGGCAAGUCCCUACGCAUCAAAGUCAUCUCCAUGGGCAACGCCGAAGUGGGGAAAAGCUGUAUUAUAAAGAGGUACUGUGAGAAAAGAUUUGUGUCUAAGUACCUUGCGACAAUUGGAAUUGACUAUGGAGUCACAAAGGUCCAAGUCAGAGACAGAGAAAUUAAAGUUAACAUCUUUGACAUGGCUGGACAUCCCUUCUUCUAUGAGGUUCGUAACGAGUUUUACAAGGACACACAGGGUGUGAUUCUGGUCUAUGAUGUUGGACAGAAAGAUUCCUUUGACGCCCUUGAUGCAUGGUUGGCAGAAAUGAAGCAAGAUCUUGGGCCUCAUGGAAACAUGGAAAAUAUUGUGUUUGCGGUGUGUGCCAACAAGAUUGACUGUGCCAAGCACCGCUGUGUUGAUGAAAGCGAGGGACGUCUUUGGGCUGAAAGCAAAGGGUUCCUGUACUUUGAAACUUCAGCUCAAACUGGAGAAGGAAUCAAUGAGAUGUUCCAGACCUUUUAUGUAUCCAUAGUUGACUUAUGUGACAAUGGCGGGAAACGUCCUAUCACAAAUAGCAGCGCUAGUUUCACCAAAGAGCAAGCAGACACCAUUCGCAGAAUUCGAAAUAGUAAAGAUAGUUGGGACAUGUUGGGAGUCAAACCUGGGGCCUCAAGGGAUGAAGUCAAUAAAGCCUACCGGAGACUCGCCGUGCUGCUUCACCCGGACAAGUGCGUAGCCCCUGGCAGCGAAGACGCCUUCAAAGCCGUUGUGAGCGCCCGCACGGCCCUCUUGAAGAACAUCAAGUAGAAAGCAGAGAAAACCACAAACCUGGGCAUCCAGUGCAAGCAGACUUUGCUUGAGGUAAAAUAGCCAACCUGGGUUCUUUCCGCCACAAAGCCUGACUGCGCUUUUCCCUCAUGUGCCGUCACUUGUAAAUCAGUAAUUCCGGUGCCUGGUCCCAUGUCAUCGACGGCGUGCCGCUACACGCGGUGACGAGAACCGAGCGCCCCGUGUACCCUGUGGUUCCUUUCCUGUUUCCGAAUGAUCUGCGAGUUUUUCUGAUGCGUCCGUGAGCUCUGUCGGAGGAGCAUCCCUGAGGCGCUUUGCUCAGGAACGUCCAUGAGGUUUCUGCAAGGAGGACGCUUUCACUUUUUGGAAUUUUAAAAAUUCAUCAGAGCAGAAAACAAAAAUGGCAGCAGACACUGUCCGUACCCCCGGAAGUGUGGUGACCUCACAGGCCAGUUGCCCCUUUUCCACUGCGCUCCUGAGGUGGUGGUUUAAGCAUCAGUCUGCAAUUAAUGAGCUCUCAGCAGCCCUUUGGAAGGGAAGCAGGUGAUACGCUCCUGACCUGAGUGGCCUUUUAUGACCUCCCUCUGUUCCCCUCCUGCAGCCCCCAGGGGGAGGGACGAGGCAGCCCUAGGAGAGCUGCAGCUCGUCCUGCCCCUGGGUCUGAGGCUUUCCCUGGCCACGGAAUUAGGAAUCAGACCCCAAGACAGAAGUGCCUGCAGACUAGAUGGUGUGCAUAUCCCAGCGGGCUUGGCCGGCCUGGCCGGGGCAUGUUCGAUGCCUAGGCAAGCCCCUCGGUGAGGUUCAUGCCUCUUCUUGGUUCGCAUCCUUUGCCACAGACAGGUGGGAAAGGAAGGGGUGUCUCAGUAAGCCAGGCCUCCUCUGCCCUCCUCAUCAGUGUUAGUUCCCUCCUUCUUCCCCCUUCUCCUCCCAUCUUGUUUGUUAUAUACCACAUCCGCCACCAUUUCUCUCUUCCUCAAUCCCUGGCUUCCGCUUCCUGCCUCCUCCGUCCUCCAUCCAACCUUGACCUGGGCCUGGAUGACCAGUGACAGGUGUGGAUCCUUUGGGUGGUAGAUGGAGAGAUCUUAAGGCCUCUGUGGGAGGAAUCUGUGACUUUUGCUUGGGUUCCAGAUUUCUAAUUAGUGAUAUCUUUAAGCUACAGAUUAUGAAGAUUAAUUUCACAAAGAGAAAUACAUUCUCUCGCCAUAGUCUCUUCCUCCAUAUCCAAGGGAUGGAUGAAGAUCAUGUGUUAGGACCAGCCUUUCUUCCAGCAUUUCUAGAGUCAGUCUCCCUGCCUGGCUCGUUACACCAUCACUCUCCUUAUGGUACUCAGACUCUUAGCUGUGAGCACGCUGCACUCAUUGGGGCUUUAAAGUAUGUAAAACACUACUGUCUGUGAAUUGUAAACAGCUAUUCCAUAUUUAUCACCAGGAAGCAUUCACCUUACCCCCUGAGACGAAAAACCACUUUUGUUUAAUAGGAGCUCACUGCAUUCUCUGGACCCUUCCCUUCUCCAAAGCAGCUUUGCUUUGUGUGGCUGCACCUGAGCAGCAUCGAGCUGGUUGUCAGAAAACCAGAGCAUUUUUUUCCUAGUAUGAGUUUUCAUCUUGGUGAUACUGAAAAGACUUUAAAAAAAUAGAGGUAUGAGAUAAGAUUUCUUAUGGGAUUUUCCCUCUGGCCUUUUCGUUUUCACUAGCUCUGGGCCUGUAGAACUCCAGCCCAAAGUUCUUCAGGACCUACAUUUUGCUUAAGGCCUUCUUCGUGCCUAAAGUAAUUAAACAUAGAUUUGUUCUUGCAGCAGAACUUAGGAGUCGGGUGAAUGUGGGACCGUGCACCGGUGGUGUCAGCCCAAAUUGACAUGACCGCUCACUCGGUGACCCUGUGUAAGAGCCAGUGCUGGGUUUCAUCACUGCUAUUUAAUGCGAGUUUGGUCACCUCAUUCAAGGGCAUUGUGCAGGUGAGCAGUUUCAGCAGAGAGGGCUCUUCAGUGCUUCCAUUCAUAUCCUUAUACAAUGGGUGACUUGUUGAAAUUUAGCCUGAUGUCCUGGGACCCAGUUCCUAGCACCUUGAUGAUUACUGUUAAGAAUGGCGAUGUACCAUUUCAUUUAUGUAAAAGAAAGAAAAGAAAGUUAAGCUUCGGGGUCCCAGGAUUUUUCAGAUUUCCAAAAUCCUCGAGUCGAAUGUCAAGAGAUAAUGAAGCAUGAUCUGCAGUGAAAGGUUUUCUUCGCACUGACUUUAUACAAAAUUUCAUAGAUCUCUGUGCAUUAAUUUAAAUUCUUGGUGCAAAUAUGUCCUUUAUAGUUCAACCUUAUUAAAAGGCUUUAACCAGUUGGAAUUUCACAAUAUAUCAGUGAGCGUAACAACAAUGGCUAAACAAACAGAGAAUCUUAUUUUUCAAAAAAGAAUAAAAAGUUCAAGCAGCUAUUAUUAAAAAAAAGCCAUUGCCUCUGCAUCUGAGUCACCAAGAAUGAGCGCUUUUAAAACUUGUUAGAAAUCCCUGGAGGCUUUUGAAGUUAAUCGUCCUACCUACCUAAGAACUUUCAAAUACACUCUCCUUUUGUUCUUCUCUUCUGCUUUCCUGCCUCCUUUUGAAUUGAUCUUCGCAACUGUCAACGUUUCUUUUACUUCAGCAUUGUCCUUUUGUUUCUUCAUGGAAAUGUGCGCUUGGUUUUGUUAGCCUGUUGACUUGGACGUCCAGAUUUGGGGGUACUGUGCCUGCUCCUCAAGAGAAAUUGCUCUAAUUCUAUAGAUUGCACUCUAUUCUGUAAGGCUCACGAUUACCUCAGGAAACUCACUCUAGUAUGUUCUCUUGCAUUGAAUUCUCAACUGGAAAAUAUUCCUCUAGACUGAUAAGCUAGAGCCUAAAUCACUGUUAGCUAAAUGAGCCAUAGAUAAGGCAGCUAAAUUUCUGAAAGAAAGCCAGACUAAGAGGGCAGCCCCUGUGAGCUCUGAAUCCAUAGUGACGGAGCUGUUCCUCAUAGAACAAUGACAGACUCUCAAGGGGGAGGGAGGUAUUUUGGUCUUAAGUUAGAAAGGGUGGGGCCGUGUGCACAUGGCCUUUGACAGUGACAGCGCCCGUCCUACGAGCACUCAGUAGGCACUGGAAUGUCGCUCCCUUCUCCACCGCACUCCAUCCAGCUCACUCUGAGUCUGCCAACAUUUUUGGAAAACUUUUGAAAAGGAAUUUAGCCACAAAACAUAGCCAACCACCUUCCAUUGCAAGUUUUGCGAAGUGAAGAGAGGUUCAUCUCUCUCAUGACUGGUAUUUAGCACAAUCAUAAGCGACAGUUAGUACAGUUUAUGUAGUGGUUUUUCCUUUAAGCAUUUCUAGAGAAGACGAAAGCUUGACCUCGUGGUAUGGAUAAGUUAGAUUGUGUCUGACGAGCAGUGCAAUAUGAAGCUGUGCAAUAAAGGCCGUGCUGGUGAAGUGACUUGUUGGAAAGCUGGACGGUUUGGGUUAGCUUCCUGCAGCGAUUGCCCAUGAGGCAGUCUUCCCUUGGACUGGGAAUGCAGAGUCUCUAAAGAAACCCUUUGCUCUUAGGAGGUAAUUCACGUAUGGUUUCUGUUGAAAUAACGGAGAAUGUUAAAUCUAAUGGUUGUUUAUGUCUUGUAUAGAGAGUGUCAUAUGUAUUUAAGUUGUGUAUUUUUAUAAAGUAAAGCCAAAUACCAAACCCCG